GGUAAAAGACAGACAGACAGGUGGUGGUAAAUGGGGUAGCUGUGCAGCUCAUUUUGUUGCUGGUGAAGAUGCUGGUCCAGAUUCGGUCUGUGCACCGUGUCCGAAACACUAAUUGACACUGAUUCAUGUUCAACCAUCACGCGGGACCCUGAAGCAGCUGGACCCGAGCCUCAGGUCACCAUGCUCAAUGCCAAGCGUCGGCUAGAGGGAUAUAAACCAUCACUGCAGCCCAGCUCAGGGCAAUGCUGAACUUCAGUGGAACUUUUCAGAGCUCGUAUGUCCAUGUAGGCGCCCUGGCCACGUGACUGCCAGUCCCCCGUUCUCUCGAUCUGAGCGCCGCUACUUUGGAGAGCCGGUGUGGAGAAGAUGGCGCAGGCCAGAGAGUUCCCAUAGCGCGUCAACAGCGCGAGCGGUUUGAAGCAGGACUGACCAAAACCUUCGGGACACUUUGCUCUCGGCCUCGCUUUGUCUCCACCGUCCCUCAUGCCGUCUCCUGGAGCCAGACGGAGCAGCUGGGCGAACGGCAGCAGGUGUGAGCCGGGCUCCUCCUCGCGCAGGCGGGCGUCCAGCUGUUCGUGUCCGGCCGGUGGAGCUCCGAGCUCCCGGCGCCUCAGUCAGCCCUUCGCCGCCGUGGCGCUGCGCUCUCUGCUGGCUGUGGAUCUGUGGCUGUCCCGCCGCCUGGGGGUCUGCGCCGCGGAGGACUCGCUGCUGGGGGGCAUCCGGCCGCUGGUGAAGCUGCUGGAGCUCUCAGCCCACCGGACACCGUGGGUCAGCAGCGCCGUGUACCUGUUACUGACCAGCCGGACAGCCGAGGAGCAGGAGCUCGUCAUCAACCUGCUGAUGGCCUUACUACUAGACCACAUCUUGGUGAGAGUCAUCAAGGCUUUCGUCCGUUAUCACAGCUCAGAGAUGUUUGCGACCGUCCCUCCUCAUCCUCGCUACUCCUUCCCAUCAGGCCACGUUACACGGGCCGCCAUGUGUGCCUGUUUCCUGCACGCUCGCCUGCUGCUGGACGCUCCUGUGCGGGCUCUGCUGCUGGUCUGGGCGGCUCUGAUGGGUCUCUCUCAGGUCCUGCUCGGGCAGCACAAUGUCAGCGGGGUGACCCUGGCCCUGGCCAUGGGCUACUGCCAGUACAGCCUGGUGGAAAGGUGCUGGGUGCCCAGCGACUGGCUGCAGGACAUCAUGCUGACCGUGCUGGGGUGCAGCCAGGUCACUCUGAAGGACUGAGAAACUGAGAUGAUGAUGAGGCAGGUCACUCCGAAUGACUGAAUAACUGAUCAGCAUGCCACGCACUGUUAGUUACUGUCACCGCGCACAACAUAUUGAUUGAUAUAUGAUUUUGAAGUGAGUUUAGGCUUUAAUAUAUAUGAUAUGGUAUUAAGAGAAUGAGGUUUGUCAUAUUUAUGGAUAUUUGAGCCCUAAAGCACGACAGUGCCUUCAGUUUAGGUGUCCGCACUGGCACUAUAGUACUAGAAGAUCCCAAAUAACAGAAAAAUGUUGGACUUUUCAUUCUGAAUCAAAGCUCACGGCUCCUGAUACUUUGAAGAACAGAACUAACAUCAUUUUAUGAGCAAAUAUUUGUAUGGUUUUGUAUUUAAUUCUGCGCUUAAUAUACUUCAAAAUGUAACCUCUGAUAUUUCAACAUCUAAACAACUUUUAUAGUUUCAAACCAUAUAAAUUCCU